UUUAAAAUCAACUCGAAGAAAAGUUAUCUAAGCGUUUACGUGCCUCUUUCACAGAAAUAGUUGUUCAGUCACUUCAGUUACGUUUUGAUUGUACCAGCUCAUGUGAUCGUUACAAUAUAACGAACCUAAAAGAGGUGAAUGGUUGCAACGCCAGUUAAGUUUAAAUGGGUCCCAUAUUUGUCAUUACCCCUUUAAGAAUGGACAGUUUAAUAGACUCCACGCUACUUGCCCCGCCCAUUUCUCUGCCGAGUUCCUGGAUGAUGUAAUCUUAACAGACGUCAGAUCCUGGAGAAAAUAAAGAGAGCCAUGGAGAGUGAGGAUGCUGCAAGAUGUAAUUUGUGCUUUGCGAAAUUAAAAUAGAGACCGCAAAGGAUUGGGUGGGAAAGUGGCAGAGCUACUACCCACAGGUGUAUAAGGAUCGUUGAAAUUUCCGUGGUAUCAUGUCGACUGAAGAGGAGCGAGAGGUGGUUCGGGUCCGAGUGAAGAAGUGUGAAGGCUACCUACAGCCGGAGUUCCGCACCUUUGCAGUAGACCCUCAGAUCACUUCCCUCGAGGUCUUGCAACACAUAUUGAUCAGAGCCUUUGAUCUUAAUGGGAAGAGGAAUUUUGCCAUCAGCUAUUUGUCUCGAGACAGACAGGGUUCAGAGGUAUACCUCUCUCUUCUUUCUGACUGGGAUCUUGAUGCGGCCUUUGUCAGUGCAUCAAAGCCCUGCCUUCAGCUUAAGAUUGACAUAAAACCAGCUGAGGAUAGCCCAUUACUGGAGGACUGGGACAUCAUAAGCCCAAAGGAUGUGAUCAGUUCUGAUUUAUUGCAAGGAGAGAGGCGGUCACUGGCAGCAGCAGCAAUUCCUUUCACCCAGUCUCUCAUCACCCAGUUUGGUCGCACAAUAUCUCGAGUUCAACAAGCUUUAAGCUGGUCAUAUGGAGAAGAUGUGAAACCUUUUAAGCCACCGCUUACAGACUCAGAGUUCCAUAGUUACCUUAAUCAUUUGGGCCAGCUAAGCCGACCUGAAGAUCUCCGCCUAAGAAUAUACCAUGGUGGAGUAGAGCCAUCUCUGAGAAAGGUGGUGUGGCGCUACUUGCUAAAUGUGUAUCCAGAUGGGCUAACUGGUCAGCAACGUAUGGACUACAUGAAAAGGAAGACUCGAGAGUAUGACCGGUUAAAAGGAGAAUGGAACCAAAGGGCAACCCCAGAGGACUUGGAGUUCAUCCGUGGGAAUGUACUUAAAGAUGUUCUAAGAACAGACAGGGCUCAUGCUUACUAUGCUGGCUCCGAAGACAGUCCUCAUCUAACUUCCUUGACUGAUUUGCUAACUACAUAUGCUAUCACUCACCCCCAGGUAUCCUACUGUCAAGGUAUGAGUGACAUUGCCUCCCCAAUCCUUGCUGUGAUGGAUAAUGAAGCUCAUGCUUUCAUUUUUUGUGGCAUCAUGAAGAGACUAGAAGGCAACUUUCACACAGAUGGACACCUCAUGUCAGUCAAAUUCCAACAUUUGAAACUUUUGUUACGGUACUCUGACCCGGAAUUCUAUACUUACUUGCUUUCCAAAGGAGCAGAUGAUCUGUUCUUCUGCUACCGUUGGCUGCUCUUGGAGUUAAAGAGAGAAUUUGCCUUUGAAGAUGCUUUACGCAUGCUUGAGGUCACCUGGAGCUCACUGCCCCCAGAUCCUCCUGAAACUGAGGUGGAGUUGGUUGGACUGCCCUUUGAGCAAUGGGAGAGAACAACUACAGGAGCCGAGGAUAACCCAAGUGAGAGGCAGAGGUAUCGACACAUGUUGAGGCCCACUCAAGAGCAGGAAUUAGGAAGCCAAGACCAUGAGCAGAGUCUAAUGGAGCCAAGAGGUUGGGGUCAAAGACUAAAUCCAGAUUUCUUGGAGGGACGGGAGGAGGGUGAUGGUGUGGGAUCUUUCAAAGAAGUGCCAGUAAUGCAUCCAGUUGAACAAAGGGAACAAGGAGCAAAAAAACAACUGUUAAAGCUUAAGCCAGACUAUGUUCAAUACCACAACUUCAUGCAAGAGGACCAAGUGGAAAACGUAGGGGAAAAGUCAGCAAAAGUCAUUGAGGAGCCAACAAAACAGCAGAUGCCAAGGGAGGAGUAUGAUUUAAAGGACGAAGACAAAAGAAAGAGCAGUACAUCUCUACCUGCACCCCUGAACAAGCAGGCCAGUUUUGGAGAAUUCAAGUACUACAGUGCCCGCAACAGUGAAAGCUUUGAUAUGGAUGAAGAAUUGAAUAUGCCCACAGAUGUGCGUCCUAUUUUAAACUGUUCUGUGGCUGGCCACAGACUUCCUUCACGUCAGCAAACUGAAGAUAGUGAGGAAGACUUUGGGGAGCAAGAGCCCUUGAUUAAUUCAACAGCUAGUGAAAAAUCACAGAUACCCACCGUGUCUCCCAUAUUUGCAAGAAAAGCUGGUAGUAGUGGUAGACAGUCCCCCAGUGGUAAAUUAGCAUCACCAUCGACUCCUAGCGGAAGGGAGACAACACAAUUUACCACCUGCCAGACCAAUGGAAGAGCAUCGUCUCCUUGCAUUUCUAAUGAGAGAGCAGCCUCACCUUGUUUUACCACUGGCAGAGUUGUCUCUCCCUGUAUUGCAAAUGAAAAAGGCUCUCCUUGCUUGCCCAAUUGGCGAGCUGUGUCUCCUUCUCUUUCCAACAAACGGUUGAGUUCCCCAUCUACACCCACAGGCAAACUAGGUUCCUCACCUUGUUUGUGCAAUGGCCGAGCAUCUUCUCCUUUGCUUACAAGCAGGGGAGGAACUUCAACCUCUUUCACUGAUGGACAUAUAGGGGGUGUAUCAACACCUCAAAAGGAUGACACUAAACUGCAGCCUAACACUCCUCCCAUCUCUCUGCCCCCACCUCAUGAAUUUGGUAAAGGUAAUCCUUUCAUGUUAUUUUUGUGUUUGUCUAUCUUGUUAGAGCAUCGUGAUCACAUUAUGAAGAAUAACUUGGACUACAAUGAACUUGCCAUGCAUUUUGACCGACUUGUCAGGAAACACAACCUUAACCGGAUACUGCAUCGAGCAAAGGCCCUCUUUGCAGACUACCUUCACAGUGAAGUCUGGGACUCUGAAGAAGUGGAUGAAGCAGCAGCAAACUCUGACUCCCCUUCUUCACAUACUCCUCAGCCACCAUCAUUUUCAUCUUGACCACUGACCUUUGCAGCCUUGCUGCCUCUAUCCAUUGGCUUGGCUGUACCUCGUUAAAAGUUAAUUUGGAAACUACUGCUGAAUCUUCUUAAUUGUGGAGAUGUUUAUUUGUAGCAAACCAAUAGCAGUGUUUGGAAAAACUGAGUGGCAUUUUGCAAAAUUGUGACCAUCCAGCCUGAAGAUUCACAUUUCAAAGUAUCAUAAGCUGAUUUUCUUUAGAUGGCAAUGAAUUGAAGAUAAAGUGAGGGUUUUUUUGUAACAAUUAUUUUGCAACUUUUGUAAAAGAGCAUUUUGAUCAAAACGAUUUAUUUGGAAUAUGUUACAAAGUUAGAUUUUAGCCUCCUGGAAGUAAAAUGUUAAAUGUAUCCAUUUAGAGAUGACAUUCUAAACUAAUAAGCUGCUGAUAUUAAUCCACAAUUGAUAGAUAUAUUUCUUUUAAUGUGUUGAUAUUGAUGCCAUAUUUUACUUUAUUUCCCCCAACCAUAUAACAUGUCUUAUAAAGAACAGAUUAUAAUUAGAAGCAUGACCUCUUGAAAAGUGUUUCCAUAGAUUAUUUAAAAAAAUAGCACUUUACUAUUUCUAUCCUCCUAAAAAAUUAUCUUUCUUGCUUUUUCAGCCUUUAUUCUGCCCUUGUGGCUUACUUUUCUGCUAUUUCUCUGUUUCUGGAUAUGGCUUUUACAUCUUUUGCCAGCAAAGUCCUUUAUUCUAGCCUUUUGAAGCCAAGGUAUUCAUCAUUGGGAUAUUUUCUUAUAAUAAGCUGUUUAUACACCUGACCAACUUGUGUAAUGAAUGUCAAGAAUUUUGAGAAAGUAGAUUAAAAUCCCAUAUUUUGUUAAGCUGCUAAAAAGUGAUGUUUCUGCCUUUUGUUAUUCAGGUAACAAUUUAUUUGCAGCUUGCAUCAACUUUUUGCUUAUUUCCCAUAUUUAUUUCUACAAUUAAGAAAAUGAAAAAGUUUGUCUGCUUAUCCUAUUCCACUUAAAGCAAUCUUUUAUUUUUAAAUGUUCAUAACGUUUCCUAAUACAAAUGUUACUUUUUGUUAUAUUGCUUCAAUUCUUACUCAGCUGAUUUGGAUUUGUGGCAGAGAACAACUUAAAUUUCUGAAAUAACUGUAAUAAUACACAAGCUUGAUUUAAUAAUAACUAGUGGUAUACAGAGCAUAUGCUUGGACAGUUUAUUAUGUUUAAAACUGUAUGACACUAUUGCUUUGUGCCAGACAUAUUUGUAUUUGUAUGUCAUACUGAGUACACUGUUGGACAUGAUAGCCAGAUCCUGUGCCACUAGUCCGACAUUACAGGGGAUUUUAUACUGGGUCGGGGAGGAAGAUGGAACAUUGAAGUAUCAAUAAUGAAUUAUUUUUAAAUGAAUGGAAACCUUCU